AUGAGCGCUGUCCUCAAGAUCAUGAAAGCUGACCUGACCAAGAACUUUGAAUCUUACGGCAGAAUGGAUCCUUAUGCUGUCGUACAUUGGACUGGUGGGGACGAAACAUUCGAACUCACAAAAACGCGAGUUGACUGGAAUGCUCACAUGAACCCUGUGUGGGAACAUACCUGUCGACCUCAGAGAUUUGAAGGUUUUGAAACAGUUCGGAUUGAGGUUUUGGAGGCCAAUGUGGCUUCAAAAUCCACUCUUUGCGGCGAAGUAACCUGCAAAGUUGCAGAUCUUGUUGGAAAGGGAUCGGCUCUUGGAAUACCAAGCGUGAGUCAGGCGGCACGGCAUCCCGAGACAAAGCUCAAAUUGACGCUCAAUGGCGAGGAGACCGGCACUCUUUGUGUGGAAGGGAUGCUUGUCCCUCUCACGAAGAACAGCAGGCCAUCACUUUCACGGAUAGACCCACAACUCUUCGAGACUCCGGUACAACGACUGGGUGUCUCUGGUGGCACAGCGCCCUUUUUUAAGCUCGUGCUGCGAAACCCAACUGCAGAGAAGUCAUGCAACUACUACAUAGGCAAAGACCUGAGCAGGGCCAGCGACGAAGUCGACUUCUAUGAAGAGGUCAAACUCUGUGCAGAGACGCCUAGUGCCGCUGCAAUGAUGCCGGUGCUCCGCUUCACCUUCGAUUAUGCUGGCGUCGUCGCACUUCAUGAGGAGGGCAAGGAGACAAAGAAACCAGUCGAAUUGCUGGUGCUUCAGAACCUCCGCGACGGGCGCAAAAAGCUGCGUUUGCUGGACAUCAAGAUUGGUCAGCAGACUGCACAAGCAGGCUGGCAGGGGAAGUCGCAUGCAGCUGCCUUGCGCCAGGCUGUCGUUGAUGGUCUGACCAACUCUGCUGGAGAGGGCUUCCGUCUUGAGGGCUUUGAUGGCCAGCCAGCUUCAUUGACAACGAUGGAUCCGCUGCAUGAUCUUGGGAAAAAGAAUGAAAAGCUGUCCAAGAAGGCUUUCAGGAUUAUGUUGCAACGAAUGACUGCGGCGAGCAUGCUCACGUUUUAUUUGGACUUGCUCGACCAUCCACUUCCAAGCAAGGCCGCCCUGGAAAAAGAGCUUGGUCGUUCUGAGACGGCGGAAAUCGUGCUUCACCAGACCCUGGUCAAAGUGACAGGACUGGCCGUUGCUUGCUUGAAGUGCCCAAUACCACAGAAGUGGAUUGGAAGUUCAGUGGCACUGGGCUUUGACAUUGGACAGAUGCCAAAACGUGGGGAAGAAGAAAUGCUGCGCAGCAAGACCAUUGUCUCCAUCUUCGAUUGGGGCAGGUCGGAGCUCAACACAAUCGAGAAGAAUGCAUCGAUGAGCGCAGACGACCAGCAUGAUCGGAGGAAGUACUGGAGAUUCUACUAUGGAGGCAUCUUGCGCCUCUCUUGGGAGGUUGCAAGGGCAUACUACCAUCGCUUUUGCAAUGUCGGUGGCUGGGACCGUGUGGCCUUCAUGCUUUACGACUUUGAUUCAAUGUCUGACAACGAUUUCAUGGGUAAAGUGGAUGUGACCGUGGAGCGGACCAAAGAGACCACGGUUCAGUUGGAGUUGAAUCAGAGGCUCUUCCGGUUGGCUUCCGGGGUUGCAAGAACCGAGUGGAGAUGUUGGAAGCGCGUAGCGAAGCUGACUUACUCAAUAGAGUGGGAGGAGUAUCCAAAAGAAUCCCGACUGGUUGGUGCUUGGCGCGUGAAGUUGGUGAAAGCCUCCAACCUUCCGCGGGAGGACCUCUAUAUGCUGAAAGGCUCCUCAGAUCCUUUGGUAGAGGUAGUCGCAUAUUCUGACAGCUUUUGCUUCCGACAAAGGAGCACUACCAAAGUCAGGACGUUGAAUCCGUCCUGGUCAGAAGUUUUUGAACUACCAGUGGCCAGGCAUGGUGGGCCAAUGCGGGCCAGUGGUGUCUCCUUUCCUUUCACAGGGUUCAACAAAAUUUGA